AUCUCUCUCUCCCUCCCUCUCUCUCUCUCUCUCUCUCUCUCUCUCUCUCUGGGUGAAACAAACAAACAAACCAACCAACCCUCCACACUUCACUUCUUCCUUCUCUCACUCCACCAUAUUCUAGACCGAGAAACCACCACCACCACCACAUCUCCUCCGCCUGCCGGUCGGAGUGUCCGCAUUUCACGCUUCUCGAUGUAGCUAUACGUCGUCGUUUCAUGUAGAUUCCGUCGUUACGGUAGUUGCACAACUUGUAGAUUUGUUUUCCAGAUUUCCCGUAUCUUCAGGCUUGCACGGAUACCGAUGCAUAUUAUUAUUAUUAUCAUCUAAUCUUCUCUUCAACACCUUUCCACUUCACUUUUAUAUAUCUAUAUCUAUUAUUCUAUAUAUAUUAAUAUUAAUUAGGUUUUGAAUCAGAACAGAAAUAGAAAUCAUCGAAUGUAGAUUGUUAGUUAGUUUGUUAGUUAGCCAGUAAGUUAGUUAGUUACACCUUUGGUAACAACUCCAAUUAUUUUUAUCAAAUAGUAUAUGUAAUUGAUGAUUCGAUGAAGAAAUUGAACUGGUUUAAACAAAUUUCCAACAAUGGGAAGCUGGAGAGGCGGUUAUCGCUCGGGGAGUACAAGCGAGCGGUGUCGUGGUCCAAGUAUCUGGUGUCGUCUGGAGGCGCGAUAAAAUCAAACGGAUUUGAACAAGAAGAUGAGUCAGAAUGGAGUGCUGACAUGUCACAGUUGUUUAUAGGGAAUAAGUUUGCUACUGGGAGGCAUAGUAGGGUUUACAGAGGGGUUUAUAAGCAACAAGAUGUUGCAAUUAAGCUUGUUAGUCAGCCUGAGGAGGAUAGAGAAUUGGCAUUGAUGUUGGAGAAUCAGUUUACUUCGGAGGUCGUUUUGUUGUUUCGGCUUCAGCAUCCGAAUAUUAUUACUUUAAUUGCGGCUUGUAAAAAACCUCCUGUGUUUUGUAUAAUUACGGAAUACUUGGCGGGUGGGUCCCUUAGGGCGUAUCUCCAUCAGCAGGAGCCGUAUUCAGUGCCACCGAACCUAGUUUUAAAGCUGGCCCUUGACAUUGCAUGGGGAAUGCAGUACCUUCAUUCUCAAGGCAUACUUCACAGGGAUCUAAAAUCUGAAAAUCUACUGCUUGGUGAAGAUAUGAGUGUAAAAGUUGCCGAUUUUGGCAUCUCGUGUUUAGAAUCCCAAUGUGGUAGCGCAAAAGGAUUUACGGGUACUUAUCGUUGGAUGGCGCCCGAAAUGAUCAGAGAAAAGAAACAUACAAAGAAAAUUGAUGUUUACAGUUUUGCCAUUGUUCUUUGGGAACUUUUAACUGCUUUGACUCCUUUUGAUGAUAUGACUCCGGAACAAGCUGCAUUUGCCGUCUGUCAAAAGAAUGCUAGACCUCCGUUACCCGAUUCAUGUCCAAUGGCGUUUCGCCAGCUCAUCAGACGAUGUUGGUCAAGCAAACCAGAAAAACGACCCGGGUUUGAUGAAAUUGUGAGGAUUUUGGAGAGAUAUGCAGCAUGUGUGGAGGAAAAUCCUGAUUUCUUGACAACAUUUGAACCUGGUAAUGGCGGUUCUUUCGGUUGUGACCGUGGUUGUUUCGGUCCCCGUAAAACUGCAUCUAGGGACUAAUCAUGGAUUAUGCCGAAUGUGAGCGUGAUCUGGUUGUUCCUUCAUUACCAGGUGUUUAAAAAACUGAAACUGAGCAAUUAUGAAUUAUGAUAUAUUGUAAGUCUGAUUACAAAUAUUGGAGUAGUUGUAUUGGUUUCUUUGACUAAUUUGCCUGGGGAUUUAGAUAUCUAAAAUAAUAAUAUUGUUUUUGGAUCUUUA